AUGACGGCCGAGCAAUUUAACGAAGGUCUACCGAAAGAACUCAUGCUGUUUUCUCUACCACCCACCCAGACCGGUGUAGAGAAGGUGUAUUUUGUCGACUGUCGACUAGUCUCUCAAAUCUCGGGGAGUGGACCGAUCGAAUUCCAUAUAUCGGGACAGUCUAGCGAUUACUUGGAUCUACGCAGAAGUCAACUAUUCGUCAAGACUCGUAUACUCAAACAAGAUGGAUCGCCAUUGGUUGCAAACGAAAGCACAGCAUUCGUAAAUAUCCCUUUACAUAGUCUCUGGGGACAAGUGGACGUGUCGCUACAGGGAAAGAUCUUAUCAGGAAACUCGGGCAAUUACGCGUAUAAGGCCUACAUACAGAGUUUGUUGAAUUAUGGAACAUCUACGAAGGCAACGCAACUCUCCGCUCAACUGUAUUACCAGGACACGCCCGGCAGCAUGGACGAGACCGACCCCGACGGUGCCAACAGCGGCUUGUUCAGCCGUAAUGAAUUCACUAAAGAUAGUUUAUCCGUUGAUCUGAUUGGUCCGCUUGCCGAGGACCUCUGUCGCCUCGAUCGAUAUAUCUUAAAUGGAGUCAACGUGGAGAUAAAACUCUACAGAAACAGAAACGCCUUUGUACUGAUGUCGGGGGAGAGCAAUCCUAACUAUCAAAUAGAGCUACAGGAAGUGAUAUUCCGCGCAUGUCGGGUACAGGUCAAUCCCGGCGUGUUAGUCGGUCUUAAUAAAGCACUAGAGAUAUCACCAGCCAAGUAUCCUUUUGUCAAGACGGAGAUUAAGACGGCUUCUGUCCAGGGGCCUGGCGAGGAGACUGGUGAAUCGAAUCGAUAG